CUAACCCCGCCCCUCUGCAGAGAGAACGGGAGCUCCAUUCAAACAAACCCGAAACUCCGCGCCCCGGGAUGCGACAGUCGCUGUAGAAAGAGAGAAAGGCGACAGCAGCAGCAGCAGCAGAGGAACCAGAAACACACACUUUACCUCAAACAUCAGACUACCAGGACAGCCAGCCAGCCAGCCGGCCAGAGACACAGACAGCCAGUCAGCGAGCAGCCGGAACACACACACACUGAGCGCAGUCUGCUAGCAGGAGGCUAACUACCGACAUGGCGAGCGCCUCGUACCACAUCUCCAACCUGCUGGAGAAAAUGACUUCCAGCGACAAGGAUUUCAGGUUUAUGGCCACUAACGACCUGAUGUCGGAGCUACAAAAAGAUUCAAUCAAACUGGACGACGACAGCGAGAGGAAGGUGGUGAGGAUGAUUCUCAAACUGUUGGAAGACAAGAAUGGAGAAGUUCAGAACCUUGCUGUCAAAUGCCUGGGGCCCCUGGUCAGUAAAGUGAAGGAGUACCAGGUGGAGACGAUCGUGGACACUCUGUGCACCAACAUGCUGUCGGACAAAGAACAGCUCAGAGACAUUUCCUCCAUCGGACUCAAAACUGUGAUCGGAGAGUUACCGCCCGCCUCCAGUGGUUCUGCUUUAGCUGCCAGUGUUUGUAAGAAGAUAACGGGUCGACUGACGAGCGCCAUCGCCAAACAGGAAGACGUGUCUGUCCAGCUGGAGGCACUCGACAUCAUGGCCGAUAUGCUCUGCAGACAGGGAGGUCUGCUGGUGAAUUUCCAUCCCUCCAUCCUCAGCUGUCUGCUCCCUCAGCUCACCUCCCCCAGACUGGCUGUCAGAAAGAGGACCAUCAUGGCUCUGGGCCACUUGGUUAUGUCCUGCGGGAAUCUGGUCUUCAUCGAUCUGAUCGAGCACCUCCUGACCGAGCUGGGGAGGAACGACAACAUGUCGACUACCAGAACCUACAUCCAGUGCACGGCCGCCAUCAGCAGACAGGCUGGACACAGGAUCGGAGAGUAUCUGGAGAAGAUCAUUCCUCUGGUAGUGAAGUUCUGCAACGUUGACGAUGACGAGCUCAGAGAGUACUGCAUCCAGGCCUUUGAGUCCUUUGUUAGGAGGUGUCCUAAAGAGGUUUACCCCCACGUUCCCACGGUCAUCUCUAUCUGCCUGCGCUACCUGACCUACGACCCCAACUACAACUUUGACGACGAAGACGAGGACGACAACGCCAUGGACGCUGAGCAGAACGAUGAAGACUACCAAGGCAGCGACGACGAGUACAGCGAUGACGACGACAUGAGCUGGAAGGUUCGCCGGGCGGCCGCCAAGUGUUUGGACGCCGUCGUUUCAACUCGUCACGAGAUGCUGCCAGAGUUUUAUCGCUCCGUCUCUCCUGCGCUCGUUUGUCGCUUCAAGGAGAGGGAGGAGAACGUGAAGGCGGAUGUUUUCCACGCCUACCUGUCGCUGCUUAAACAGACCAGACCGGCUCAGAGCUGGCUGACUGAUCCGGACGCCAUGGAGCAGGGAGAAACACCGCUAACCAUGCUGCAGAGCCAGGUCCCCAUGAUAGUCAAAGCUCUUCACAAGCAGCUGAAGGAGAAAAGUGUCAAAACUCGUCAGUGUUGUUUCAACAUGUUGACUGAGCUGGUGAACGUCCUCCCAGGAGCCCUGACUCAGCACAUCCCAGUACUAAUACCAGGUAUCAUCUUCUCUUUGAACGAUAAGUCGAGCAGCUCCAACCUAAAAAUCGACGCCUUGGCCUGUCUCCACGUCAUCAUGGUCACGCACCCCGCUCACGCCUUCCACGCCCACGUCCCCGCCCUCGUCCCGCCCGUGGUUGCGUGCGUGGGAGACCCCUUUUACAAGAUCACCUCUGAGGCUCUGCUCGUCACCCAGCAGCUCGUCAAGGUGAUCCGACCUCUGGACAACCAAUCAGAGGCCUCUGACAGCUUUGACCCCUCCCCCUACAUCAACGACCUGUUCACCUGUACAAUCAAACGCCUGAAAGCCGCCGACAUCGACCAGGAAGUCAAAGAACGAGCCAUCUCCUGUAUGGGACAGAUCAUCUGUAACCUAGGUGACCGGCUGCCUGCUGAACUUCCUGGAACGCUGUUGAUCUUCUUAGAACGCCUCAAGAACGAGAUCACCAGACUGACGACAGUGAAAGCUCUGACGCUGAUCGCCGGCUCUCCGUUGAAAAUCGAUCUGAGGCCGGUGCUCCCCGACGCUGUUCCCAUCCUCGCCUCCUUCCUCCGCAAAAACCAGCGAGCCCUGAAGCUCUGCACACUGGCUGCUCUGGACAUCCUGCUUAGAAACUACAGCUCUGCGGUGACUCCCGUCAUGGUGGACGCGGUCUUGGCCGAGCUGCCUCCUCUCAUCUCAGAGAGCGACAUGCACGUGUCUCAGAUGGCGCUGAGCUUCCUGUCCACGCUGGCGGUGACUCACCCGUCCUCGCUGGGUCAGCUGAGCGGAGGGAACAUCCUCCAGCAGCUCAUCACGCUGGUUCGAUCCCCGCUGCUGCAGGGCGGCGCGCUCGCCGCCAUGCUGGACUUCUACCAGGCUUUGGUGGCUACAGAGACUGCUGGUCUGGGUUACAUGGAUCUGCUGAGGAUGCUGACCGGUCCGGUUUACUCCCAAAGUGCUGCUCUGCCACACAAACAAGCCUACUGCUCCAUCGCUAAAUGUGUCGCCGCUCUGACCAGAGCCUGUCCCACCGAGGGACCCGCUGUGGUCGGACAGUUCAUCCAGGACGUGAAGAACAGCCGCUCCACAGACUCCAUCAGACUGCUCGCUCUGCUCUCAUUGGGCGAGGUGGGACACCAUGUGGAUCUUAGCAACCAACCAGAGCUCAAGACAGUCAUCCUGGACGCUUUCUCCUCCUCCAGUGAAGAGGUGAAGUCGGCUGCCUCCUAUGCGUUGGGCAGUAUCGCGGUGGGGAAUCUUCCGGAGUAUCUGCCCUUCGUCCUGCAGGAGAUCUCCUCCUCUAAGAGACAGUACCUGCUGCUGCACUCGCUCAAAGAGAUCAUCAGUUCGGCGUCGGUGUCCGGUCUGAAGCCGUACGUGGAGUCAGUUUGGUCUCUGCUGCUCAAACACUGCGAAUGUCAAGAGGAAGGAACCAGGAACGUGGUGGCUGAGUGUCUGGGCAAGCUGACGCUGAUCGACCCCGAAACCCUGCUGCCACGCCUCAAAGGAUACCUGCUAUCAGGUUCGUCGUAUGCUAGGAGCUCCGUGGUAACAGCGGUAAAAUUCACCAUCUCUGACCAACCACAACCCAUCGACCCACUGCUGAAGAACUGCAUAGGUGAUUUCCUGAAGACGCUGGAGGACCCGGACCUGAAUGUGCGCCGCGUUGCCUUGGUUACGUUUAACUCUGCUGCCCACAAUAAGCCCAGUCUGAUCCGGGAGCUGCUGGACUCUGUUUUACCACAACUGUACAACGAGACCAAAGUCAGGAAGGAGCUGAUCCGAGAGGUGGAGAUGGGUCCGUUCAAACACACGGUGGAUGAUGGUUUGGACUUGAGGAAGGCUGCGUUCGAGUGCAUGUACACUCUGCUGGACAGCUGCCUGGACCGAAUCGACAUCUUCACCUUCCUCAACCACGUAGAGGACGGCCUCAAGGACCACUAUGACAUCAAGAUGCUGACGUUCCUGAUGCUGGCCAGGCUGUCGUCUCUCUGUCCCAGCGCUGUUCUGCAGAGACUGGACAGACUGGUGGAACCACUGAGAGCCACCUGCACCACCAAGGUGAAGGCGAACUCGGUGAAGCAGGAGUUCGAGAAGCAGGACGAGCUGAAGCGGUCGGCGAUGCGGGCCGUCGUGGCGCUGCUGACGAUCCCCGAGGCGGAGAAGUCGCCGCUGAUGUCAGAGUUCCAGUCCCAGAUCUCGUCCAAUCAGGAGCUGGCGGCCAUCUUCGACUCCAUCCAGAGGGACUCCAGCUCCGCCAACAUGGAGUCCAUGGACACCAGCUAAACAGAUGGACAAACAAAUUCCCAUGAUGCAACAUGGCACCACCCCGCUGCUGGAGCGCUAACCCUGCAGCAUGUUUCCAUGACAACAGGACGCAGACAAACACACACACACACACACACACACACACACACACACACACACACACUUGUAGUGACACACCCUCUCUAGCGAUCGAUCGUUCCAUGAUGCAUUGCACUGAAAUCAGCUGUUGGAAAAGAAAGGAAGACGACGGACGUACGGCUCACACACACGGACAAAAAGGACAAAAACAAAGAACAAAAAAACAAAAAAAAAAAAUUAAAGAAAUUCCAGAAAAAUAAGUUCCAUAUGAGGCUUGGAAGCUCCUCCCACUUCCUGUUUGUUUUUCUAGCGAGGUCAUCUGAUUGGCUGAUCCCCGUUCAUCAUCAUUCUUCUUUUUUUUUGUUUCUUUUUUUUUGUUUGUUUUUGUUUCCUCUUUUCGUUAUUCCAGAAAGUUCCACAGGUACUGUACUGUAACCUGAUUGGCCGCUGCUGAGUGACUUGACAGUUGGCGCGUUAUCAAAACUGACCAAUUGGAAAACGGCCUUUCCUGCCUGAGGCUGUGGUGACCAAUGGGAGAAGGGCUCGCUCUGUUUUUGCGAAUGAUGUAGGCAACCAAUAGGAUGCUCGGGGGGGGGGGGGGGUGAUGACAGGUGGGCGGGGUUUUACUGUUUGUGGACCAAUCAGCUUCUUUGUUUCCCCUGAUUCAAUAGACCCGCCCUCGAUCCCUUCACUUCUCUGAAGGAAGGAACGAGGAGAGAUUAUUGGACCACCAGACCCGACCAGACCUGACUGGACGAUACUGGUGUCCUGUGUGGCUGUUGCCACGGUAACGCAGUGUGUAACACAAAGCAACCAUAUUCUGAUUCAGUCCGUUGUUCCCCCCGUCAGCCCGUCUGACCCGAACCGGUUCCAGCCGGUUCACUCUGGUCAGGAUCCGUUUGGUUUACUGUGCUCUAGUCUGACUUGAUCCGGGUCCAGUCUGGUUUUAAUCUGGUUCAGUCCGGUCUGGUCAGGACAAUCCAUGUUUAUCGCCCAAGAAAAAUAAAAAAAGGUCCAUUUCUGCCUGCCUUCA